AUGGGCUCAAGAAGAACAAAUGCAAGAGGAAGACAGUUACAAGAGAUAAUCAAUGAAGGUUAUAUUAAUUGUAUAGAUGAUGUUAGUACAACAUUUGAAAAGAAUGACUAUGAAGAAAAACUUGACUGGAUAUUAGCCAGUCAACCACUUCUUUCAUUAAUAUCAAACGUCGAAACACAUCCAACAAUCGGUACAUUAUGUGGUCAUAAACCAUUAACCUUCGAUNAAAUGAAUAAAAUGUGA